AUGCGUUUCUUUACCAAGGCCUUCGCUUCUCUCCUCACCCUAGGCCUCGUUGGCCUCUCGGGUCUCGUCAGUGCCAAGUCCAGCACUGGCGACUCUGUCCUCGUCGUCCUCGACCCGUCCCUGAAGAGGGAGAACUACAGUGUCUUCUUCAGCAGGCUCGAACAGCGCGGCUACCAGCUGACUUUCCGUGCACCCAAGGACGUGGCCCCUGCUAUCAUGGAGUAUGACGUGCCCAUGUUCUCGCACAUCAUUCUUUUCACUCCCGAGACCAAGUCCUACGCCCAAGACAUCACCCCGCAGUCGCUCGUCAGCGCACUCGAGCAAGGCACAAACCUGCUCAUCGCCCUCUCCGACAAACAGACCCCGCUCUCGUCCCUCGCGACCGAGUUCUCGCUCAUCCUCCCGCCCCCGGGCACCCCCGUCAUCUCGCACCACCCCUUCCCGCGCGACGCCGGCGUCGACCUCUUCACCGCGGCGACCAUCCCCACGGGCGCCGCGCCCAUGUUCAGCCCCGCGAUCCCGGACGUGUGGUACCGCGGCGUGUCGCACGCGCUCGGCAGCUCGCCGUACCUCGUCCCGCUCCUGCGCGCGCCGGCGGAGAGCUUCGCGGCGGACUCGACGGCCGACGGUGCGGGCGCGGACGCGCUCGUGGACGCGGCGGAGAAGGGCGGGGAGGGGCUCUGGGCGGGCGGGGCUAUGGGCUUGGUCACGGGCUUUCAGACGAAUGUCGGGUCGAGGGCGGUGUUUACGGGCUCGGUGGAUCUGUUCUCGAAUGAGCUGGCGAAGAAGCAUUUGCCGCUCGGUGGGUCUGGGGGCCAUAUUGGCGGUGCGCCUGGGAACAACAGGUGGGCGCAGGACGUCGCCGGGUGGCUCUUCCAGGAGACGCUGACGCUGCGGAUCGACAACGUGACGCACCACCGCGCGGGCGAGGAUUUCACGCCGGAGACGUACACCAUCAACGAUGACAUCGUGUACGAGAUCCAGAUCUCCAAAUACGACAUCCGCGCCGAGACCUUUGUGCCGUACUCGGACAUCCCCGACCUCCAGCUCGAGUUCACGAUGCUCGACCCGCACGUGCGCACCGCGCUCCCCGCCGUCCCCGGCAAGCCCGGCACAUACCAGGUCGCGUUCCGCGCGCCCGACAGACACGGCGUGUUCAAGUUCCUCGUCAACUGGCGCAGAACCGGCUGGUCCUACCUGCACAGCAGCGUGACAGUCCCGGUCGUGCCCCCGCGGCACGACGGCUACCCGCGCUUUUUGAGCGCCGCGUGGCCGUACUACGCCGGCGCGGCGAGCACGAGCCUCGGCUUCGUCCUCUUCUGCGCGCUCUGGCUCGGCGGCGACGUCCGCGGCGAGCGCAAGCGCGGGGGCAAGAAGGUCGAGUAG